UGUACCACUGACGAUCGAGUGAUCACUCCAACGAAAAUGUCCUCGCACUCGACACCAAUUCUGUACUUGAACAUGGGCGGCGAGAUGUUGUAUGUCUUGCGACAGAGACUAAAGGCGCAGCGGAUCGAUGUCGACAAAACAAUACAAGUGCUGGACGACGUAACCGCCGCUCUGCUCAACCCCAAGAUCCUGUCGUCGGUAUUUGAGGAGUCGUCGAUGGUCGGGGUGCCGCAAUUACGCUCCACCUUGGAGCGUGUUGCUCUCUCAUCCAUCAUGAAGCUCGAUAAGAGCAGCAUGGACAAGCUCUUCGACCUGAUGAUCAUGAUGGUCAAGUACCAAUUGACAGCGUCUACUGGACCCAGGGAGGUCAUUCUCAUCACGUUGAACCACAUAGACGCGAUGCGCGACAUGGUGAGCGAUGUGAACGCGCAAAAGUGUGUCACCUUGGUGCAUCAGAUGAUCGUUGACUUCUACGGCUCUCUGACUUUCGACGAGGUUUGGGGCGCGCGAUGGAGUUGCUUGAAGGAGCUGGAGCCGUACAGUGUUCGAGUUUCAAUCCUUCUGCGUCGUGGUCUACAGAACGAGGACGCCAGUUUCAACGUAACACCGCACAAGUACGACGAGAAAUACGCGGAACAUAGAAACGGCCUAGCCACCAUGAGGCUGAAGGACGUGAGCCCAGAAACCUGCUGCGGCGGAUCCUUCGGUACUUUCGGAGAUAGGAAGACCUUGUUGGGAAAAAACAUAUAUUUGCCGACGUAUGGCAUAACAGAAAACACGAAUUCUCGGCGAGACAGCCAACAGUUCCUGAGAGACUGCGGCGUGAAAGCGGAACUGGGUAUGUUGGCUGUUCAGCUGGGCACCGAAGAAACCAAUUACGAGAGACCGUUCACCCUCAAUUUACUGUCAAAUGAGGACGACGAGAAUGCUAACAAUGUGGACAAUGAAGUCGACGCCGAGGGGAACAGCGUAAAGCGGGGAGAUUCGAAGCUAAAGAUAAACGAGGAUUACAAAGCCAAGCUGGAUGUAUACGCAGACUUGUUCGAGGACGAAGGAUUAAAACACAGCAUGGAUCUUCUCGAACUUCUCGAUAAGGUCGAGUAAUUUAAGAUUUUUGAAGGCCUAACGAUAACGCCACAAAU